AUGGCUCCUAACCAGUCGGCACGACACCAAAAACGCUCUCGGGCCAGCGAUGCCGCUGAGAAGGUAUCGCGGCCAGGCGAGGAGCGAACCAAACGACGCCGAACCUCCGAUGUCAUCGAUGUCCAGAGUCCGAAAGAAGCGAAGCCUGCGAGCACUGCCCAGGACGUAUCCAAUGACGAUAUUCCGUCGCAAGAAGUGAGAAAGCGAAAGAAUUCCGCGCCAUGGUCCUUCUCACGUCCCGUGGGUGGUCGCUACAGCAAUCUGGAUCCUGUCAUGACUGUAGAUGAGGCAUAUCUCUUCCUGGGACUUGACACUUCGGUGCAGGUCUUCGCGACUUCCACCUCUCGCCUCCUACGUACGUUGCAGAUGGAAGCCGGACAAAAGGUCAUUGGGUACCAACUGUGCCCCAUCGAACCCGGUAUUCUCUACAUUUUCACCUCUGGCUUCGUGACCAAGUGGGAUUGGGAUUCAGGAAAGCGGCUCGCACGCUGGGGUGCCGAUGCCCCAACUGUCGCGGUUGAUUUGCCAGCAGUCGAGAAGAAGGAUCGACUUGCAUCAUACUCUAUCGUAUCUCGAAAGGACGGAAAGAGACAGAUCUUGGUUAAUACACUGGGCGACAAAACGCUCGCCGGUGUCGUUGCUCUGGAGACCGCCGAACCCAUCAAUACUAUCAGGGUUGCCUGCGAAGGGCGAGUCAUUGUCGCUUGUGAUGGAAGCCAUCUUUUCCUGGGAACUACUCAUGGUGUUGACCAUGAGCUUCCUGAGUCUACCCGGUACACAUGGAGGGCGACUACUCUUCCAGCUCCUGCCACCUGCUUCCACCUGCGAGAGAGUUCCAAUGAAAAUUCGGAACCCUCGGACACCGCAGUUGAUCUGGUGGUGGGCGAGACUGGCGGAUAUAUCCUGAUCUACCAGGACAUUUUGAAUACCCUGUUCUGUCGCAACGCGGAGAAGAAAUCAUCCCCCCGGAAGUUGCACUGGCACCGAGGUGCUGUUAGCUCUGUGCGAUGGUCCAGAGACGGCAACUACCUUAUUUCGGGCGGCCAGGAGUCGGUUCUGGUGCUGUGGCAGCUGGAUACUGGGCGAAAGCAGUUCCUCCCUCAUCUUUCCUCCCCAAUUUGUAAUAUUGUCGUCUCGCCGAAUGGCAACUCUUAUGUGGUCAAACUGGCCGACAAUUCGGUCAUGGUCUUGUCUGCGAGAGAGUUGCAGCCAUCUGCCAACGUGACUGGACUGCAACUGAGCACUGAGAUCUCAAGCUACAAGGACUCUUCCUCAAGAAGACCGUUUGGUGCCGUUGCUACCUUACACCCGCAACACCCCGAACGACUGCUGGUUACCGUUCCCGCUUCUUAUCAUAUCAGUCAACAAGGGCAUCAACGCCCAAGCUCGGCCGUUCUGCAGACAUUUGAUAUUCGCUCCAACUCUCAUAUCUCUCGCCAGGCCCUGGCACGGACCAACGCAACAACGUUGGACAUCGGCCCGGAGGGCACUCCGAUUGUUGCUCCCGAUGUUCGCCAGAUGGAUAUUGUGGAGGACGGGAAAUGGUUGGCUACUGUUGACUCGUGGACGCCGAAUCUUCAGGACGUGGAGGCUGUUACCACCAAUAUUUCAAAGGACAACCCGGAUUCAUCGCGUCCGGAGGUGUUCCUCAAGUUCUGGAAGUGGAACGCAUCCGCCGACAAUUGGGAAUUGGUGACGCGUAUUGACGGACCCCACUUCAGUGACUCCCGUCAUUCAACGGUCCUGGGGCUAGCAGCUCGCCCAUGCUCCCAUGAGUUUGUGACUCUUGGCGCCGAUGCAUUCCUCCGCUUCUGGUGUCCGACCGCCCGACACCGAAGUGGUCUCAAGACCGACGCAUCCAAACAAAACCUCGAUACAUGGAAGUGCCGGAGCAUAGUUGACAUGAGUGCAUCGCUGGACAAUGCAAGCCCAGCACUGGAGACAGCCUGUAUGGGCUUCUCCGAAGAUGGCUCCGUCCUUGCCGUUUGCUUGCCCUCCCGUUCUGGGGCGGAUGAGGGACUCGUUCUUUUGAUUGACGCACGAAAUGGCACUGUGCACUACCGCCGGACCGGCGUUUUCUUUGGCAAGCCCUACUCCGCGAAGUUCCUGGGAAAAUAUCUUAUUGUCGCUUCUUCCGGCUCUGUGGCUGGUUGGGACACUGUUGACGAUGUCGUCAAGCCCAUCCAACUCACCGAAUACACUGGUUCUGUUGAUCCAGCCCACCAACCGCUGGUUACAGUGAACACUCGAACUCAGACUUUUGCCAUCGCUCUCCGCAGCGGUGGCAGUUCCACCACCGACCCCAGUAAGAAACGACGCAAGGCUCGUUACCAUAUCCGAAUCUACGACGUCCCGUCCUUCGACCUGGUCUUCCAGGAAACCCUGGGAAGCAACCCGCUGGCUCUUCUUUCGGACGCAUAUUCUGGCGACUACAUUGUUGUUGACUCCACAGCCAGUGUGCAGCGACUUGGCUGCUUGGACAAGGCAUCGCAAAAGAGCCUGCAGCCCCAGGAGGUGACCAGCCAACUGAAUUCAGGACUUGCGAGCAUCUUUAGCCGGGGCCAUGAGCGAGUUGCCACACAACCCGCCGAUGAGGAUACCUCUGCAUCUCAGAAUAAGGCGCUGGCUAGCGUGUUUGGGGACACGCCAUCCUUCGCGCUGCCUUCCAUUGGAGUUCUCUUCAGAAAGGUGGUCCAGACACUGGGCUCUAGCUAG